ACGACAACAACAACCACGACGAUGAAGCUCGAUUGCGCAAAAUCCCUCGUAUUUGUCCUAACCUUACUCGCCAUAAUCCACAUGUCUCAUUCCGGUGACCCGGACAUCCUCACCGAUUUUAUAGUCCCACCGAACUCCCCGCAUGUCGACGGAAACUUCUUCACCUUCACCGGCAUGCGCGCCCUCGUCUCCGCCCCGCUCCCGCCCAACUUUAAGGUUGUCAAGGCUAGCCUAGAACAAUUCCCGGCCCUAGAUGGGCAAAGCGUGUCGUACGCGGUCCUAUUAUACCCGGGGGGCACGGUGAACCCGGUGCACACGCACCCGCGGGCCGCGGAAUUGCUCUUCGUGGCCCGGGGGUCGCUAGAGGUCGGAUUUGUCGACUCAAAGAACAAGUUGUACAUUCAGACAUUACAACAGGGAGACGUUUUUGUUUUUCCUAAGGGGUUGGUGCACUUUCAGUACAAUGCUAACGCUAAAGUUCCGGCGCUCGCCAUUUCGGCGUUCGGGAGCGCCAAUCCCGGCACGGUUUCGUUGCCGAGUGGGUUGUUCAAUUCUUCUAUUGACGACACCGUUUUGGCCCUGUCGUUUAAAACCGAUGUCCGGACUAUCCAGAAGCUCAAAGCUGGACUCAGGUGUUAG